CUUUCCCUCCAAUCAGAGAGGAGAUCCCUCCGAAUCUUCUCCUUUCUCCUUGCCAGUUACCCUCCCAUAUCUUCUUUCUUCUUCUCCUGUUUCCUCCCUCCAGCUUGAUAAAACGAAAAGAAGAGCCACAGAGAAAAGUAUACUUUAAAAAGAAAAAGGGAAAUGAGAGCUUUGAAUUCGAGAUUUGUUCUAAUUGACAUCACCAACAACGCCACUUCAUGGCACCAACGCCAAAAGCAUUCCCACUUCAUAACGAGGACUCGUGGAGCUCAUCGAAGAGCAGCUGCGGCAUCUAUAAAGCAAUCUCAGCCGUCGGUUCUCCGGACCCCACAAAUCCGGAAACCGUCUGAACGGACCACGUUCUCGAAUGGGUCGUCUUUGGAUUACCUGAACCCGGCUUCGGCUUCGACUUCGACUUCCCGGGUGGAGGCCCCUACGGAGCUGGAGCUGUUCCUCGAAAUGUUGCCGUUGAGGAUGAGGAGAGAGCUUUGUGGGCAUGAAGAGAUUGGGGAGUUGAUUGAGGUGGUUUUGGAUUUGGGGAGGAAGCCUCUCGCUAGGUUUCCUUCUGGAGAUUGGGUUAUUUCGGAACAGCCUGUUAAGCAUGAAGAUUUAAGGCAUGCAAUAUCUAAGGUGGGUGACUUUUCGGAUGACAAUCGUUCGGGUAUCGAUAGAUCUUUACAUCGCAUAAGUGCUAUUAGAAACCGUAAAUUGCAAAUAAUUGGCCUCACUUGUCGGGUGGGUCGCGCUGUGUCUGGAAGUGCUGAGAUUACACGGGACUUGGUUGAGGGAGGAGGUUCCAUCUUGGUCAUAGGUCCCCCUGGAGUUGGUAAAACAACCUUAAUCAGAGAAAUAGCUAGAAUGUUGGCAGAUGAACACAUGAAACGUGUUGUGAUUGUAGAUACAUCAAAUGAGAUUGGAGGUGAUGGAGAUGUCCCCCAUGACGGAAUAGGGCGUGCAAGGAGAAUGCAAGUUCCAAAUGUUAACAUGCAACAUAAUGUUAUGAUUGAGGCAGUCGAGAAUCAUAUGCCCGAAACCAUCAUAAUCGAUGAAAUUGGUACAGAGCUUGAAGCAUUAGCUGCCAGCACUAUUGCUCAACGAGGAGUUCAGCUGGUUGGAACAGCCCAUGGCAUGACUAUUGACAACAUAAUAAAGAACCCUUCUCUACAGAUCCUUGUUGGUGGCAUUGAGAGUGUGACUCUGGGUGAUGAGGAAGCAAGGAAGAGGAAAGUGCAAAAGACAAUUCUUGAAAGGAAGGGUCCACCGACUUUUACAUGCGCUGUUGAGUUGAUAUCUAGGACUGAGUGUCGUGUUCAUCAUAGACUAGAUGCCACAGUGGAUGCUAUACUGGCUGGAAAAUCUGCUUUAUUCGAAAUCCGUCAGAUGGAGGCUGAAGCUAAUGUUUCUCUCAAGUCAACUCUAAUGCCUAAAAUUGACCAUCUUGAACAGUCUGACUUUCCUGUUAAUAAAGAAAAAUCUGCUCAAGUAGAUUUUGAUGAUGAAGAUGAAGACAGUCUUCCUAAACCUAUUAAGAAACAAAGACUUAAUCAAUCUGUGAGCAAAAGGAUCUCACCGAUAUGCGUUUACACUUACAAGAUCUUGGAAGCUGAUCUCUUACAAGUAGCAGCAGUAAUGGGGCUUGAAGAUGAAAUAGAUGUCACUGAUGACAUUGGGAUGGCGGAUGCAAUUUUAGCAUCUGCUUCUGAAAUAAAGCAGAAUCCAUGGAUUCGUGGAAUAGCAAAGUUCCACAAGUUGCCAAUGUUUGUCAUUAAGUCGAAUACCAUGGCACAAAUGGUCAAGGCAGUGCGCAUGAUUCUUGAAAGGGAAUCAUAUGGCUCAAGAUUAGAACAUCCUAACAAAAAUUCUUUUGAUAUUGAGAUUGAAGAUGAUGCACCAAAAAGGAAACCCACCUUGGAAGAGAUUGAUGCCUUAGAGGAGGUUCGUCUGGCAAUCGAGUAUAUUGUAAUUCCUGGUGGUGAACCUGUGGAGCUUCUCCCUAGACGUUCUGAAAUAAUUGCCCGCCAACUUGAGCUUGUCAAAAGCUAUCAAUUGGCUGCAGAAAACUCAGGUACUGAGCUUAAUCCCAGGUUGCAGAUUCUUCCCCAGAGAUUGAACAAAAAGCUGUCAUCUAAAUCCCUCCAAAGUACUACAACUGUAGAAAAUGAAACUGGCUUGAAGCCUCAAACCGAUAGCAGUGGAGGAACAAGUGUAACGAGGCUGCCCCUCCUGCCUGAAUAAUUUGGCAAAAGUCUCCAACUGUAACAUAUUUCAAUCAUUGAUUGAUACAUGUACCAAUAUCUCAUUGUAUAAUUACUUUUAUCUUUUAUAUAAUGCCAUUUAUUAUCAUUUCUUUCUCAA